GGUCACAUCGGUUUGUUUUGUUAAGCAGUGUCAAAGGAUAAAAUAUAUAUUUACAAGAUUGUAAAUUUCAAGACACCUUUAAGAUGGCCGAGAUUUCAGAACCACUGACCCUGGCAAGAGAUGUAAAAAGAUCGAUAGAAUUAUUAGAAAAACUGCAAGCCAGUGGAGAUUUUCCAACAACAAAACUAUCUGCCUUGCAAAAGGUGUUGAAUUCUGAAUUCCUUACAUCUGUUCGUGAAGUCUACGAGCACGUCUAUGAAACAGUGGAUAUUCAAGGAUCGCAAGAUGUUCGUGCAUCUGCGACAGCCAAGGCGACAGUGGCAGCAUUUGCAGCAAGUGAGGGUCAUGCUCAUCCACGGGUUGUCGAGCUGCCCAAAACAGAGGAAGGUCUAGGUUUCAACGUUAUGGGAGGCAAGGAGCAGAAUUCUCCCAUUUAUAUCUCCCGUAUUAUACCAGGCGGAGUGGCUGACAGACAUGGAGGCUUGAAGAGAGGCGAUCAAUUGCUUUCAGUUAAUGGUGUGUCUGUUGAAGGAGAAAACCAUGAGAAAGCUGUGGAACUAUUAAAGCAGGCAAUUGGAUCAGUGAAACUCGUUGUCCGUUACACUCCUAAGGUUCUGGAAGAAAUGGAAAUGCGUUUUGACAAACAACGCAACACACGACGACGCCAAUAAAUUGCCAAGCUGAAUCAUACAGCUCCUUGAUUGAAUCUAGAAAAUGAACAAAAUAGUUUGUCACCAGAGAUCCUGGUGCUGUUUAAAGUUGCAAAAAAGGACUCACAGCAAGCAUUAGCCCUAAUUACUUAUUAUUUUUUAAAUCUAUUUUAAAUUGUUCACCUAAAUUACUUAUAAAAUAAACUAGUUGAGUUUA